UGGCAUUUCAUUGCCUUGGCGAAGACCUCGAAAAAGGUCAAAGUCGCGCCUGCUUUGGAUCGUGACUUGCAAUCCUUAGGCUUCAGCCUUCAACCUUCAGGCACCUUCAUUGAGGUCCUGGAUAAGGAUCAAGAAGAUUGAUUUUAGCAAUGUAACAGUAGAGCUUCUCCGCCCAAGCGGCAGGUUCCAGGAACUUGUGGUUGAUUAUGAAGGUAACUUAGCAAUGAUGUGAAGCAAGGCAGAGGAAGGAGUAUUGUAAAGGACGGGUCCUUGAAGUGCUUUGGGAGUAGAUUGCCAGUCGAGGGAAAAGGAAGAGGAAGUCCAACGCAUCACUUGCCUUCAAUUCAAGGCUAUCCCAAACUGCAAAGAACUAACGAACAAAAUCUCAAGCAGCUCAAAUGUGACCCGCUCUAUCAGCUGAAAGAACACAGACUUUGUGCAGACGGUCAACUCGUCAGAACUCUCACAAAAAGAAUCUUUUGAGUAGAAGAAGAACCUUCUGAACAAGAGGGUAAGAGGAACGUAAUUCCGCAUCCGCUGAGUGAAGUGGAUUUUGUUCACAACAAUUGCUACUGGUAGACUACCUGCCUUGACUGAAGUUGUUUGCCCAAAGGAUUUUGCACUUGCUGAAGCAUUCAGCUUCUUGUGAAAGAGAACACGAGCCAAGCAGAUACGUGCGCAUACAAGCAGACGAAAUAGUAGCGGAUAAGCAGACGGUGUCACGAUGGGGGAUGCGCCGUUCACGGCGGCAUUAGCUGCUGGUGCAAAGUAUGCGGCCCCAGCAGAGAAUGCCACGAGUGCGCCUGUGCCCCAAGCCAUGUCAACCAGCACCAGUGGGAAUAAGCACCUGCCAAAGGCCCCUAUGCUCUAUGCCUGGAUCACAACUAUGGCGCAGCUAGCAAUGCCAGAGCCUGGCUAUGGCAAUGACAGCAGGUUCGAUGCUAACCAGAAGCAAGGAUGGGGUUUCUCUGAGGCUCCGAGUGGGGCCUCAGACUCCCCAGCCAGCAUUCCAACUGUCUUCCCCGCCAACGGCACUUCGCAAGCCCCCCUCGUAAUGCACACCUCCCAGCCUCCAUCAGAUGACCCCUACCAUAAUGCACGCCCUGCUCAAGCUAAUGGACAGUAUCCCGGCGACCCCCCCGGCUAUGUCCCCUCCCCCUCUGGAGACCCUGCUAACCUCAAGGUAGACCCCACCCCAUGGAGCCCCCCCCACCCCCCACCCCCCGUCGCCAUCCCGCAGCUCCCUGCUCUCAUUCCGCUGAAGCUGGUCAGCCUCCUCUCCCUCGAGAUUGAGUGCCACAUCAGCACGGCAUUUGUGACAAUGGAAGCGAGCUGGCAGCUAGGGUGUGCUGCCAAGGGAACGAAGGUCGACUGCCUAUUCGCACUGCCUGUGAGUCACCAGGGGACGGUGACGGCGGUAGAGAUUGAUAUGGGGGGCGGGAGAAUGUACGCCACUCUAGUUGUGCCGAAGGACGAGGCAGCAGGGUACGGCGCGCAGGGCAGCAAGGACGCGAUCCCGCAGGACAGCGCAAAGUAUAACCCUCAGCUAUUCAGGCUUACGAUUCCUCAGGUGGAUGCGGGGUCAACCCUCCAGCUCAAAGUCACCUGGUUCCAGCCCAUGCUCUUUAACCAAGGCAAGUACGGCGUGCGGAUACCUUUACAGCUCCCCCCCUGGGUUCUUCCAAGGGGAUCCCCCUUGAACCAGGCCCUGAGCGUGCGCUGCCUGAUCAACACUGGGAGCAACCAACCAGUCGGUCUUGGGGAGUUCAGCCACCCCAUGAAGCAGACCCAUGUGGCACCCGGGCAGAUCGCUCUGGUCACGGACGCCUUCAAGGAGUGGCCCGACAGCGACUUUGUGGCGUCCUAUCAGGUCUGGUCCCAAGAGAUCCUGGCGUCCCUGAUCGUCCAGUAUCCCCAAAAGGAGCCCGAGAAGGGCAAGACCUUGGCCGAUCCCAGGGGGACAUUUUGCCUGUCUGUCUCGCCCCCCGACCCGGAGCACGUGCAGAGCUUCAAUCGGGCGGUCGUCUUUCUGCUUGACAGGAGUGGGAGCAUGGACGGGCAACCAAUGCUCGACGCCCAACAGGCCAUCGUCCAAGGUUUGCAGCUGCUGCGCCCCGAGGAUCGGUUCACCAUCAUCGGAUUUGACCACGAACAAGUCUCCUUCUCGCCGAGCCUGCAGCCCGCGACGCUCGAGGCCGUCAUGGCCGCGAGCGCGUGGGUGCAGGAAGUGUGCAAGGCGCGGGGGCUGACCGACAUCCUGACGCCGCUGAACGGGGCGAUGCAGCUGCUGAGCACGGUUUCGGACGCGGUCCCGUACGUGUUCCUGAUCACGGACGGCGCUGUGGACAACGAGCGCGAGAUCUGCAAGAGCAUGCAGGCGCACAUAGCGGCGGCGGGCUCGCGCGCUCCGCGCAUCUCGACUUUCGGCAUCGGGACGUUUUGCAACUACUUCUUCCUCAAGAUGCUGGCGAGCAUUGGGAGGGGCCUGAACGACGCUGUUUUCGAUACAGACCUCCUGAAGGAGCAGAUGGAGCGCAUGCUGGUCGCGGCGAGCGCCCCCGUGCUGACCAAUCUGACGCUGCGCAUCGAGGGCCUCCCCGAGUUCGAGGCGUACCCGGACCCCAUCCCCGACCUGUUUUGCGGUAACCCGCUCGUCGUGUCGGGCAAGUUCUCGGGGGAGUUCCCGGGCGUCCUCACGCUCAACGGGACGCUGCCGACGGGACAGGUGUACCAAACAACGGUGGCUGCGCAGUCCGCCCCCCAGAUCCCGCUGAGCAAGGUGUUCGUCAAGCAGCAGCUGGACCUGCUGACGGCGCGCGCGUGGCUGGCGCGCGACGACCGCCUGAAGCAGCGCGUCGUGGACCUGAGCGUCGCGGAGGGAGUGCCCUCGGAGCACACGGCGAUGGUCGGCUUCGAGACGACGCCCGAGAAGUACGACAAGCUCAAGGCGGACCGCCAAACCGGCAAAAAAACCAACCUGAAAAAGUAUGCGGUGACCAAGUACGCCGCGAUCGCGGUCGUCGGCGGGCUCGCGGUCGGCUUCGGCAGCGUCGCCGCGACCAUGGGCAACCUUCCGCUCGGGGACCUGGGCGGAAUUGGCGGCGACUUCGGCGGAAUGUGCGGCAACAUCUUCUGCUGCGACUGCGGCGACCUUUGCGGCUCGUGCGGGGACUUCUUCGAGGGCAUUGGCGGCUUCUGCUGCGGAUUUGUUGAGGGCGCAGGGGACACGUGUUCCUCGUGCUUUGACUGCAUAGGAGACGGGUGUGAAGGAAUUGGGGACCUGUUCGUGUGCCUGUGUUCGUGUGUUGGAGACGUACUGAGCUCGUGCUAGGAAGCGGUGAAUGGUGGCGAAUGGAAAGGUUAGGGGAGAACGGGUUAACGAGUUACAUGUGUAGCAAUGUAAGCUUAUAAGCGUUGCAGACGACUUGGUUGUUGUGUGAGAGAGGAGUCGAGUUGGGGGUCUUAGCAAUAGAGUUUGGGUCGGGGUCUUGUGACGAGGACGUAAGUAUAACGAUAUGGCAAAGGAGCCUGCACGAGGCUCGAUGUGUGAUAGUUUUGGAUGGCCCUUGGUCAUCGCCAGAACAGUUUGUACAUGGAGACACAAAGAGCAUUUUUUGAUUUUUUGGAUAGUUGCAGCUUCUAUAUAACUCUACUUUACCCAUAUCUUGCUAAUUGUAGUAAACAAAAACAGAGAACCUUAGUUCCGCAAUGUAACUUCUGACCAGAAAGUAAGUUUUUCUAAGUACUCCCUUGACCCUAAGCGCACUGCACUACAUGCUGAG